ACUUCAAUUCCUUGACGUAAAAUUCUAAAUAUUUCAAUUUUUGUUGUAAAAAUGGGCGAAAUUCGCGAAAUUUGCGGCGUUAGCACCGAAAACAAUGAACUUUUAAUACAACUCUUACUGAAUUCGGACGGAGGAUUAAACCUCCAAGAUCAGGAAAUACCAUCAAAUUAUCUCCUCGGUGAUGGCAUCCGCAUGUACCGCGAGUGGAAAAAAGUAAAACUGCAUCGUGAACAUUUGACAAAUUGCAUAUUUGUCUACGACAAGAAACUAAUCCCCGCACGAAUGACAAGUGUGAAACGCACACCGCGUUCCCCCGGCGAAAAUCCAUUCGCUUGUUGUUUCAAAAACAAAAAAACAAACGAAGAAUAACACAUCACUUGUCACCUUAUCCAACACAAAACAAGUGACAUUCAAAAAAAUAUUCCAAAUCCCAGUUGUGUGUGAAUAUUUGCCUUGUAUCAUAAUUUUCGCUUUCGAUAGAUCUGAAUAUGCUUGACACAAUCAACAAAAGCGUACAGACACUUGUAACGGUGAGCCCACAUUUGCUAAAGCCUUCGGAUGCCCCUGAAAAGGUGCAUGUGCGUGCCUGUAUUGUGAUCCAAACCGAAGCACAACUAGAUUACAACGAAACCUUCGAAAAAGUCGAAGAAGCAUUGAAAUACACGCCAUAUUCCUAUAUUCUAAGAGACGCCAUUAAAGUCGAGGAUCUCCCAAAGAAAUUUGUGCUAAAAUUUGAUGAUAAGAUCACCGAAGAGGAUAUUGAGAAUUUCGACGAGUAUUCCACCUUUGACCCCGCGGAUCUUGCUCAGAUCCUGUCGGGAUCCGUUUGUGGGAAGAGUAAUUUAAAGCAGGUUUCUGAAAUGGCUGAUGAACAACAGAAAUUGGUUGAGGUGGGAUGUCAGACUGAUCUGAUGGUGAGACCCAUGUUCCUGGAACUGGAUGAUGUCGCCCAGGUCAUGUGUAAUCUUCAGGUACAGACUUCAAGGACAUUCACACCUAAUGCCACCAUGGAUCAAGUUGAUAAAGACCUACAUUUGUUUUAUCAUCAUAAAGGUUCUUCAGAGGCACCCACAGCUAAGAAAACCUCACCUGUAGAAACCCAUGAAGGUAAAUCUGAAUCUAGGACCAGAUUAGAAGAAUACAUCAGAACCCACCCUAUUACAAACCUAACCUCUGAAGAUAUCAGAAAGAUCUGUGCGAAUUGUUGCAGUGAAGAUGAGGUCCUAGAAAAAAUCAAGUCUUGGUAUGACGAAGUUGGUGAUAUUUUGGAAGGAGAAGACUUUUUGGGAGAAGAGAACAUUGAUCCUAUCACAGGUGUGAAUCUGGAUACAAUCGAAGCUGAAAUCAUAGCCAAUGCUGAUAUGACAGCUGAAACCCUACAGACCCAAGCAGAUCGGAUGGAUAAACGGUAUAGUUAUCCAACCCAGGAUAUAGAAAUCCAAUGCAAGGAGUUUGCUGAUCAUAAGGAACCUGGGGUUUGUAGAGGUGACGACAGGAAAAGAAACAAAGGGUGUACCUGUGAUUGUCAAUUAUAUUCCAAAGAUAAAAAGGAUAUGAAAGGUUAUGAUUUUGGUAUUUGUGCAAAAAAGAUGGCGGAGCUGUGUAAGUUGGUUCUCGGAGUGAGUUUGGGCGAAGCAAACUCCUCACCUGAAUUGAUUGGUCAAACAUCUUCAGAUCUACCAUUAAAGGCGCGUGCGUGCACGAAUCGUAAAUGUAAUUGCCUCUAUUCCAAAGGUUGCCGGCAUUGCGAGAAAGCGUUAACCAUGGAGAAGAAACUGGCGAUAGAUGACCCUGCCAGAUUGAAGUCCUGCAAAAAGUUCACUGCUUCACAGAAUAUCGAGUUCCUCACUGACGUAGAUGGAGAAUACGCUGAUGCUUAUCUGGAGCAAUUGGAACAGGAUUGUGCUUUCACCCAGACUGAUUCGGGAGAUGAUUAUUUCGGGACUCCUGAUGCCCCUUAUAUCCCACCUCCUCCUUGUACAUGUUUGACUAAUGUGGAGAUGCCCUGGGAUAUGAUUACCAUACCACCAACUCCAAAAAAACGUCCCAUCCCACCUGAAGAAGAAGAAAUCAUGAAAUCCCUUCCUGAAGAGGUUAAAGCUCAGUUGAAGGAGUUGACAGUUGGGGCCAUCACCCAAGAACAACUUUUAGCCCUAACUAAAGAGUUCCUAGAUGAUAAAAUGGGUAAUUCCAAUGAUAUUGAAGAAAUCCAGAAGCAGAUCCUAGUAGAGAAGGCAAAGAUUGAUGAGGAGAUUGCAGCGGCCGCUGGUGAAGAUGAAGGUGUUGAAGAACCCCAAGAAGAACAAUAUAAACCAUGUAGACCAAGACCUCCUUUGAAAUCAUUUCAGGUUUUGAUCCCGAAUGUGAGGUGUAUAAUGAACCAUACCUGGAUAGAAUGAUGAGGUACUUCUGUGAAGAAGAAAUGGAAGGUAUAGGUGAGUGUACAUCACGUGUGGAGAUGCCCUGGCAUGAAAUUGAAUUGGCCAAGACUAUAAUCAUCAGAAAAGGUAAGCAUCCCUGUGAACGCAGGGCGAAACCAUGUUUUGACAAGGAUCCCAACCGGAAGUGUGGUCCUGAAUACCGACGCAAGAAGGCUUUGUAUGGUCCCACAUCUAGUAACCCUAAUAUCAACACAAAGGGAAUACCAGGUGCACCUGGAGAUGAUUGUAUCUGUCAUGUUUGUGGGAGUAGUUCCCAACCGAUGAUUCCCACGAAAAAAGGUGAAGAUGCUUCUGUUACGUGUCUCUGUAAACCUAGGGAACCUUCAGAACCAUCUGAAGUUGUGAUUUCUUGCUUGAAAGGUAAAAAGAAACAAAAGAAGAAACCUUCUACCAGUAUGCCCAUGAUACCCAAGAAGACUUUGAGUUGUGGGUGUCUGGUUAGUACAGAAACCCUUCCUUCAAGCAAACAAUCCAAACCAGGGGUACAAUUAGGAGGUAGGACAUCUCCCCAAUCAAGAACAGAACGGAUAGCAGCAUUAUUGGAUUCUUGUAAGAAAGAAAUGGAACCUAUCAAGGAUGGUAUCAAUCAACUUCGAGCUAGAAUCAGGAGUUGAAUAUACCUGACCUUAUGGCAUACCAGGAACCUCCCCAACUGCUGGGUGGUUCACCUGGGACCUCAGGAGGGUUAAAUUUUAUGCCUCCGAUGUACUACCCACCUCCCAUGAUGUGUUAUCCUUAUCCCCGAUACCACCAUGUAUGUACCCGCCUCCUGGACCUAGCAAUUCAGCAAAUGCCCAGGUUACAAGACUACCUCCAAAUAUGAACAUCCCUAGCUCCUCUAAGAAGUGUAAAUGUAUGUCUAAACACCAUCAGAGGGUUCCUGCAAGUUACCCUUCCUCCUCAGAGAAUACCACUACAGAUUAUGAAGAAGAACGACGUAGACACAAGAAAAAAGGUCACAAUCACGCUAAAAGAAGCAGGAGUAGACUUAUAUGCAGUUGUAGACCACAGGAAUCAAAAACUGUUUGGUGUCCUAGUAUUCAGAGUUGUAAAAGGGCAAAGAAAGGGUACCAUCUGAAGAACGACCUCAGAGUAGGUCUUCUUUGUGUCUAUGCCUCACAGGAGUUCCACUAGUAAAGGAACAACCACAACGAAGAAAUCUUGUAGGCAUUCAAGGAUUCCCCGGUUGGUUUCACAGACUUCUUCAAAAAAAUCUGGAUUAAUAUGUCCUGCCCCUUCAUUGGCCACCCAGAAAACCGCUUUCAUCUCCUGCACUUCCCACUUGUCAGAUAAAAGUGAAAAAAGUUGCAAAUCCUACAAAUCCACCAACAAUUCUCUCUGUGAAGAUUGUAGUGUUAUGAUGGUUGAGAGUUGCGCAACCCAAAGUGCACGAUGCAGCUACCCGCGUAACAAAUCAUCCAUUUUAAAACCGCAGUCAAAACCUGACCUGGCUACAGCAGCCACAUCGUGUAAGAUACGAUUUAAUGACAAAGUUAAACAUACAAAUACAAAAUGUCCCGGAUAUAACCCCAAAAUGGCCGAGGCGAGCGUAGAGGUUAAACGUGGACGACCUGUCGAAGAUAGCAGUAAUGAAUCUGUGUGCACACCGUGCAAGUCUCGCAAUGCUUGAAAAUUUAAGUCUGAGUUGAAAUUAUACUGUUAAAAAUAAAUUAAUUGACUAUUAA